ACCGGUGAACUCCGAGAUCCUGCGUGUCCAGGUUGGAUGUAGGAGGACUCCUGGUUUGGGGGCUAUGAGCAUUGGCGCUCCUAGUGCUGCUGGGCGGUAGGGAUGCCCAAAGAUUUUACAGGUUUGAGACAGCAGGAGUCCAGGAGCUUGCUGGGCUCAGGACUCUUGGUGGGAUGAUACUCGCUGCCCAAGCAGACUUCCCUGUCACACCAUGGACCCUGAGGUGUCCCUCUUGCUGCUGUGCCCUCUUGGGGGACUGUCCCAGGAGCAGGUAGCAGUAGAGCUGAGCCCAGCUCAUGACCGUCGUCCACUGCCUGGAGGAGACAAGACCAUUACUGCCAUCUGGGAGACCCGGCUACAGACCCAGCCCUGGAUCUUUGAUGCCCCCAAGUUCCGCCUUCACUCAGCCACACUGGCAUCCAGCCCACCUGGGCCACAGCUGCUCCUGCACCUGGGUCUGACUUCCUACCGGGACUUCCUGGGCACCAACUGGUCCAGCUCGGCCUCCUGGCUGCGACAGCAGGGAGCUACAGAUUGGGGUGACAAGCAAGCCUAUCUGGCAGACCCACUGGGGGUGGGUGCCACGUUGGUCACAGCUGAUGACUUCCUUGUCUUCCUGCGCCGCUCUCAGCAGGUGGCCGAGGCUCCUGGGCUGGUGGACGUGCCCGGUGGGCACCCUGAACCUCAGGCCCUGUGCUCUGGUGGCAGCCCCCAACACAAGGACCUCCCUGGGGAACUGGUGGUCCAGGAACUCUUCUCCAGUGUCCUACAGGAGAUAUGUGAUGAGGUGAACCUGCCACUGCACACCCUGAGCCGGCCACUGUUACUGGGCAUCGCUUGCAAUGAGACCAGCGCGGGCAGAGCCAGUGCAGAGUUCUAUGUCCAAUGCAGCCUAACUUCAGAGGAGGUCAGGAGUUACUACAUGAAUGGGGGACCUGAGGCCCACGCGUCUACAGGAAUCAUCUUUGUGGAGACACAGAGGGUCCAGAGACUGCAGGAGACGGAGAUGUGGGCACAACUCUGCCCUUCAGCCAAAGGGGCCAUCCUCCUCUACAAUCGCCAUCCAACUCUACAGUCGGGUGCUGGGAAGUCCCACCUAAGUAAUCCUAGCGUCCCAGCCCUAUCACUACAACUCUGAAGACAAUAAAGGACCUUUAUUCUUGGAAAAA